AUGGUCGCAAAAAAAUUGCCCGCUCUGCCUGACGAUUUACAUUCGUCGUUACAACCGGAUCCUGUCCCGCGCGAUGAUAUCAAUAAGAGACACUCAGACCUCUCCCCCGCUGUUUCGCCGAUGCUUGAAGCCCAUAGGUGGCCAAGCCAAAGUAGUUUCUGUGUCUCGCCCAUCGGCGACGGAGACCAAUUUUCUGAUUAUGUGCGACAGGAGACUGGGGUCUCGUCAUCGCCAACACCUAUUCCCAAGGUAGACUAUGCUGAGACACUCUCCCAUUCCCGGGUUCAGCCUGUGCAACCUGUCCAGCCUCCCUAUCAUGAACAGCACUCUAGGCGGUUCAUCUCUGGCAAAUCAACGCGCUGGGAUAACUUUUCAGGUGAACCAACCAUGAGUGAUUUUGGUAGAGCUAGCCAGGUUGAUCCCCGCAACACCUCUUUCCACAAACCCCCCGGGGCCAAUGCGUCCAAUGCGUCCAACCUGCUAAACUGGGGCCAGGGGUUUAAUGCCAAAAAGACCCUCAACGCAGCUCGAAACCGGAUCAGCAGUUUCUCGAAGACCGAAGAUCUUUCGCAUAAGGAAUCCAGGAGUAGAUCGGCGUCACGUGGAUUUCCGGAAGAGCAUUCCAGCAAGCGCAACGGCAACGGCGCGCUAAAGACGAGUCCCCAGCUCGAUAACUUUGCCUUCGCUCCUACAACUGUAACCACUAUCACCGCCGGUGGUCCAGUAUCAUUUCCCCGGAGACCGGCCACAGAGCACGCUCCAACCCGUCUACCAGAGGGCAAACCACUACUCAAGUUCGACACCGAUUUCAGCGACAUGAUGCUCACGAGCGACGAGCCUAGGAGCCGUUUCAGCGCAGCUACAUACACGGUCACCGAACCCGGUAGUCAAGAUGCAAGCCCACGGGAGAGUAUGCAGCUCGAAACCCGGUCUACAGACGACCUAUCCACAUCCUCUAUCAUGGCCCGACGCCGCCCAGUCCCGAUCGGCGUGCCAACUUCGAAGAAACAGCCUGACUCGAGCAAGCCCGUCCGAAAGCCCACGCCAUCCCAGGUUGCACUACAGGGCGGACAGAUGCCCGCGCAGUCGCCUUCGCCUCCGCCUCCACCCGAGAUGCCACUAGAUGCGCAGGGCCGCAUUAAAGCAAUGGAGACCAAGAGGGACGACCUUACUCAGCGCAGAUAUAGUUUGGAGUCAUUGAUCGCUGAAUUGAGCAAGGCCCUUCAGCCUACUUCGGCUGCGUAUGACCUGGCUGCCAAAGCCGAGGUUCAGAAGAGCAUCAAGGGCAUCGAAGGUGAGAUUGCGGAUAUCAAGAAAGAUGAGCACGAUCUUGGUAUGAAGAUUAGUCGAGCGUGGCGUCGCCUGGACGAGAAGGAGAAUUCUGGCGAUGGCAAUAAUCUCUGGGUCAAGCGAGUCACUAGUUAG